AUGCUGCUGUUGGAGAACUUUACACAAGGAGUCGAUGGCGAGGAAGACGGCGAGGAGGGAGACGGCGAGGAGGGAGACGGCGAGGAGGGAGACGGCGAGGAGGGAGACGGCGAGGAGGGAGACGGCGAGGAGGGAGACGGCGAGGAGGGAGACGGCGAGGAGGGAGACGGCGAGGAGGGAGACGGCGCGAGGAGGGAGACGACGAGGAGGGAGACGGCGAGGAGGGAGACGGCGAGGAGGGAGACGGCGAGGAGGGAGACGGCGAGGAGGGAGACGGCGAGGAGGGAGACGGCGAGGAGGGAGACGGCGAGGAGGGAGACGGCGAGUAGGGAGACGGCGAGGAGGGAGACGGCGAGGAGGGAGACGGUGAGAAGGGAGACGACGAGGAGGGAGACGGCGAGGGGGGAGAAGGCGAGGAGGGAGACGGCGAGGAGGGAGACGGCGAGUAGGGAGACGGCGAGUAGGGAGACGGCGAGGAGGGAGACGGCGAGGAGGGAGACGGUGAGAAGGGAGACAGCGAGGAGGGAGACGGCGAGGAGGGAGACGGCGAGGACGGAGACGGCGAGGAGGGAGACGGCGAGGAGGGAGACGGCAGGAGGGAGACGGCGAGGAGGGAGACGGCAGGAGGGAGACGGCAGGAGGGAGACGGCGAGGAGGGAGGCGGCGAGGAGGGAGACGGCGAGGAGGGAGACGGCGAGGAGGGAGACGGCGAGGAGGGAGACGGCGAGUAGGGAGACGGCGAGGGGGGAGAAGGCGAGGAGGGAGACGGCGAGGAGGGAGACGGCGAGUAGGGAGACGGCGAGGAGGGAGACGGUGAGGAGGGAGACGGUGAGAAGGGAGACAGCGAGGAGGGAGACGGCGAGGAGGGAGACGGCGAGGAGGGAGACGGCGAGGACGGAGACGGCGAGGAGGGAGACGGCAGGAGGGAGACGGCGAGGAGGGAGACGGCAGGAGGGAGACGGCAGGAGGGAGACGGCGAGGAGGGAGGCGGCGAGGAGGGAGACGGCGAGGAGGGAGACGGCGAGGAGGGAGACGGCGAGUAGGGAGACGGCGAGGGGGGAGAAGGCGAGGAGGGAGACGGCGAGGAGGGAGACGGCGAGUAGGGAGACGGCGAGGAGGGAGACGGCGAGGAGGGAGACGGCGAGGAGGGAGACGGCGAGGAGGGAGACGGCGAGGAGGGAGACGACGAGGAGGGAGACGGCGAGGAGGGAGACGGCGAGGAGGGAGACGGCGAGGGAGGGAGACGGCGAGGAGGGAGACGGCGAGGAGGGAGACGGCGAGGACGGAGACGGCGAGGAGGGAGACGGCAGGAGGGAGACGGCGAGGAGGGAGACGGCAGGAGGGAGACGGCAGGAGGGAGACGGCGAGGAGGGAGGCGGCGAGGAGGGAGACGGCGAGGAGGGAGACGGCAAGAGGGAGACGGCGAGGAGGGAGACGACGAGGAGGGAGACGGCAGGAGGGAGACGGCGAGGAGGGAGACGGCGAGGAGGGAGACGGCGAGUAGGGAGACAGCGAGGAGGGAGACGGUGA